GCCGCGGGCCGGGUUCGGUUCCAGGCCGGGCUCCGCGGGCGCGGGGAGCAGGACGACGCGGGGCGCGGCGGCCGCGGCGGGAGCGCCCUGAGCCCGCCCGCCAUGUCCAGGAAGAAGAGCCCCAGGAGCAAGGGGGCCGGCGCGCCCGCGGCCUCCGCACUGCCCGCCGCCAACGGGCCCCGCGCGGCGCGCCCCGGCCCCGCGACGCCGCCCAACGGGCCCCCGCGGCCCGGCCGGCCCUCGCUCGGCGGCGGCGGCGACUUCUACGACGUCGCCUUCAAGGUCAUGCUGGUAGGGGAUUCGGGCGUGGGGAAGACCUGCCUGCUUGUGCGCUUCAAGGAUGGGGCUUUCCUGGCGGGGACCUUCAUCUCCACCGUGGGCAUCGACUUCCGGAACAAAGUUCUGGACGUGGACGGCGCGAAGGUGAAGCUGCAGAUCUGGGACACGGCCGGCCAGGAGCGCUUCCGCAGCGUCACCCACGCCUACUACCGCGACGCCCACGCGCUGCUGCUGCUCUACGACGUCACCAGCAAGGUCUCCUUCGACAACAUCCAGGCCUGGCUGGCGGAGAUCCAGGAGCACGCCCAGCGCGACGUGGUGCUCAUGCUGCUGGGGAACAAGGUGGACUCUGCCCAGGAGCGGGCAGUGAAGAGGGAAGACGGGGAGAAGCUGGCCAGGGAGUACGGGCUGCCCUUCAUGGAGACCAGCGCCAGAACCGGCCUCAACGUGGACUUGGCCUUCACAGCUAUAGCCAAGGAGCUGAAGCAGCGUGCCAUGAAGACGCCCGGCGAGCCCCGCUUCCGGCUGCAUGACUAUGUCCGGCGGGAGGGCCGUGGGGGCUCCUGCUGCCGGCCCUGAGCCUGGGUGGCCAGCAGGGAGGCCCAGGCUCCCAGCGGCCACUUCCCCCCACUCCCAGGCAGGCCUUGGCUGCAACAAAUGGGCUUCAGGCAGCCAGCAGGCACACAGCUCCCCUUUACCUGCCCCUCUCCUGCCCUCGUGGAAAAGCAACUGCGUGCACAGGAGGGACACUUGGCGAUGUGUACCCUGCUGUCCCUGUGGGGGGGGGGGCCUCCCACCUCUGCUGGGCAGAGGGCCUGGACACAUCUCUGCUGUGUCCCAGACACCAGCCGCCUGCUAAGGGACGCUGGUGUGUGACAUGGAAGCCCGUCAGGGAGGGCUGCCCACCUGGCCUGAGCAGAGGCCUGUGCAGGCUCAGAUACCAGGCAGGGCUGCCUUCAGUGGACCCCUUGCACCCAGCCCUAGUAAAUAAAGUUGUUCUCUGAAACGCUGCCUCACGGCUGGAAACCGCUCCCA